ACGAACAACAACAUAGGCCGGAAUCCUCCUUCAGUUGAAUAAGCGACGCGUUGAGGCAAGAACGUUCGUGGGCUCCGUCUCUGUCUCCGUCUCUGUCACUCAACUAACAGACAAGCACGCACACGCAAGCGGGGCGAAAAUCGGGCAGCUCCAACUGUAAUAGUUAAGGCAGAAAUUGAAGCAGAAACAGCAUCCUUAAGGCUCAGAAAGGAAGUUUUCGUCAUAGUGCUUGUGGUUGUUGUUUUUAUUGCGGUACUAAGUGUUAUUGUUGUUGUUGUUGUUGCUGCUGUACAGUUAUUCCGCUAGAGCGGAAAAGCUAGCAAAAGUAAAGGAAGUGGAAGAGGAAGCCCUCAAAGUGUCGUAUAAAAAUCGUUAAAAAAUCGUAAAAAAAGAAAUAGUGGAAACUACGCGACUAUGUCACAACGAAAAGUGUGAGCAGAAGAAGGAGAAGAGGAAGAAGAAGGUGCAAAGGAGAAGCAACUUAACUUCAGCAUAUCCAGGUGGAGCAGUUCAAGAUUUGCAUGGAAAAAGGCACAAUGAAGCGCAAGCAGCGAAGAUACAGAACCACAUUCAAUACGUUACAACUGCAGGAACUGGAGCGAGCCUUUCAACGUACCCAUUAUCCGGAUGUUUUCUUUCGCGAGGAGCUUGCCGUCCGCAUUGAACUAACUGAGGCUCGGGUACAAGUCUGGUUCCAAAAUCGUCGAGCCAAAUGGCGCAAACAGGAGAAAAUUGGUGGAGUUCCUGGUGCAGACGGAGGUGGCGAUGAGCUGGGAGCAUUGGAUUUAAAUGAGGGAGUCGCCACCUACGAUGAUGACGAUGAUGUGGGCACGGCCGUACUCAAUCAAUUGGACUCAGCUUUGGCUGGCGGUGUUAGCCUCUUGCCAGACACUCCACCGCAGUCAUCCAAUUCCCUGGACAAUGAGCUUAAAAAUUCCUAUGGUACAGCAACGGGCGGAGGGAUUUCUUCGUCGUCGCCCUCUCGGCUGUCACCGAAUAUCUUUCUCAAUUUGAAUAUCGAUCAUUUGGGAUCCAUGGAAUGGACCGCCAGUUAUCCACCCGCCACUCAGUUGACACAGACUCAGCAGCAACAUCACCCGCCUCAAUCGCAGACAGAACCUCAGCUGGUCCAGCAGCAGCAGCAGCAACAGGGAUUGGAGUUUCUCGACCUGGGAUCAUCUUCUGCCUAUGAUGAAAUGAAAUUUCUCAACGUGGAUCAAUUUACAAUUGAUAGCUUUAAGGCGGAUUGCAUUUUGAGCUCACUGCAGGAGCAGGAGCAGGAGCAAGACAAACAACAACAGACUCAACAGCAGCCCGUUACCAUCUCGCCCUCCUCCUAUGAUGCCCUGCAUUUGCAUUCUCUUUGUCUGGACACUAUGGUCAUGGGUUUGACAUCACCUUUCGGUCAUGAUGGCCAUAGUGAGGUGGGUGUUGGAGUGGGUGUUGUGACCGAAGAGGCUAAGCUCUUGGAUAGAACAUUGCCCUUGUCCUCGUUAAGCAUUGGCGUUGGAGUCGGUGUCGGCGUCGGCGUGGGAGUUGGAGUGGAGGGUAUAGCCGAUUUGGUUGAUCAGCUGCAUCAUCAGCAUCAUCAUAAUAAUCAUCAUCACAGCUCUAGCAGCGAUUGCCUGUGAACUUUUUGUGCUUUAGUUAAACUUAUUAAAUCCCUUACCAACUAUUCCAGACUCUUUCCCUAAGGCAAAAUGAAAAAGAAGUUUAAAGAGGCUAAUGCAUCUUGUAAUAAUCGUGUUAAGCAAAAAAUUUUAAAACCAAAAACCAAAUUCGAAUAAUUUGAAAAAUGAAUAACUAAGUCAGUUAAGUCAGUCGGUCUGUAAGCUCAUCCCACAUAUCCAAAUUAUCAUUAUUUGGCUUAGUUCCUUAUGGAAAGCAUUAAUAUAACUUAAGCGAUUGCAAAUCAGAAAGAAGAUUACGACCUAAAGGGGAAAGAGUACCUGCACUUCGGUAACAAAAUCGGAGCCUAUUUUUUAGUGAAUAUUUUCUAGUCAAUUUCAAGUUAAGCAAUGUUAAAUAAAUUAGAGAAUGGGACGUGCAGGACUAAGGGAGUCUCCUGUCACCACCUCACAAAA